ACUUCACGGUGCUCAGCGUUCCUGUUCUGCUCUUUUGGGUCGUCCGUCGCGGAGGCGUCCAGGCCAUCGUUCUUCUUUCAGCCUAUGUGGCAUGGUAUACGUUUAUGGAUGAUGCUCCUAAGCGGGGAGGACGGUUUCUCCGGACCCUGCGGCAGCGAGCGUUCUGGAAGCACUUCGCAGCCUACUUCCCUAUGAAGCUGACCCGGGAAGAAGAACUCGAUCCGGAGAAAAAUUAUGUUUUUGGCUAUCACCCGCAUGGUAUCAUCAGUUUGGGCGCCCUUUGCAACUUCGGAACAGAGGCGACUGGCUUUGCGCAGCUUUUCCCAGGUAUCGAUUUACGGUUGCUGACAUUGACCAUGAACUUUCGCAUACCUUUCUUUCGAGAGUAUUUGCUUGGAAUGGGCAUCAAUGAUGUCAGUCGAGAAUCCUGUGAACGGAACCUUUCUCGUGGACCUGGAUCGUCAAUCAUGAUUGUAGUGGGCGGUGCGCGCGAAUCCAUAGAGACCGCACAGGGUGGUCGCGACAGCUUGAUACUCUCGAACAGGAAGGGAUUUGUGAAGCUUGCUUUGCGCAAGGGUGCGUCCUUGGUCCCUGUUUACUCCUUUGGGGAGAACGACGUGUUCGGUGUUUUCCGCAGCAGUUGGCUGACAGAGCUGCAGAUCCGGAUGCAGAAGAAGUUGGGCUUUGCAGUGCCUCUCUUCUUCGGUCGCGCGCUUACCGCUGGACUGCUGCAUCGGCUGUUCGGGCUGAACGUGGGCGUUCUUCCUCUCCGGGUGCCCAUUCACUCCGUUGUGGGAAAGCCGAUCCAUCUGAAGAAGACACCCAACCCCUCCCAGGAGGAAGUGGACGAGGCUCACGCUCGGUAUAUGGAAGAAUUGAAGCGAAUACACUCCGAAUGGAAAGAUAAGUUCGAGAAGGAGCGAGAAGACGUGUUGAAACAGUGCGAUGCGGAGCGCGCCAAGAUUUAUCGCAGUGGUCGGUUCCGCUUGGAUGACCACUGCGAGCUAUCUUUUGUGGAGUGA